UCAGGUGCUUUCAAAAAAAAUUAUAAUUUGGAUGUGAGAAAGGACAUGAGGAGACUAAAGACCUGGGAUUUUGCUGAUCAGAAUGAAACCGAUGUUGAAAGACUUUUCAAAUUUGUUGUUGGUGGUUCUCUGUGACUAUGUUCUUGGAGAAGCCGAACAUCUGCUCCUGGGGGAGCCAGGCCACAUAGCGCUGAGCAACAACACAGUGUCUGUGGCGUUCCAGUAUUUUGAUGGUGCUGAUGGGAUGCUGAGGAAUGUGACUGUCCUGCUGGUAGAAGCCAACACCAAUCAGACUCUUGUCACCAAGUAUCUUCUGACCAAUCAGUCUCAGGGAACACUCGAGUUUGAGUGCUUCUACUUCAAGGAAGCUGGUGACUACCAGUUCACAAUGAUGACUCCAGAAGCAGUAGACAAUAGCACUGCAGACCCCUGGUGGGAGAAAAGUGCCUUUCUGAAGGUGGAAUGGCCCAUCUUUCAUGUUGACUUGAACAGGACAUCCAAGGCAGCAGAAGGCACCUUCCAGGUGGGCCUUUUUACCAAUCAACCACUAUGCCCAUUUCCUGUGGAAAAGCCCAAAAUCUUGGUGGAUGUUAUUUUCACCAACAGCCUUCCCGGGGCAAGAACAAGCCCUGGACAGCCAUUGAAGAUAAGAACCAGCAAAAGGACAGAACUUGCUCAAGGUCAGUGGGUUGAAUUUGCCUGCGCACCUGUGGGGCCAGAGGCCUAUGUCACUGUGGUACUGAAGCUACUUGGCCGAGACUCAAUCAUUACCUCCACAGGACCCAUUGACCUGGCCCAGAAAUUUGGAUACAAACUAGAGGUGGUGCCAGAACUCACAUGUGAGUCUGGCGUGGAGGUGAUGGUGCUGCCUCCACCAUGCAUCUUUGUUCAAGGGGUGAUUGCUGUCUUUAAGGAGGCCCCCAGACGCCCUGGGGAGAGGACCAUUCAGCUGGCUGAAAACAGCCUGGCACUGGGAGAGAGGAAAACGGUAUUUAACUGCACUUUGUUUGAAAUGGGGAAGAACAAGUACUGUUUUGACUUUGGCAUCUCAAGUAGGAGCUAUUUUCCCACCAAGGAGAAGGAGUGCAUGCUAAUUCAGAGAAAUAUAGAAACUUGGGGACUGUGGCAGCCAUGGAGCCAGUGUAGCACCACAUGUGGGGAUGGUGUCAGAGACCGUCGCCGAGUGUGUCUCACUUCCUUCCCCUCCAGACCUGGCUGCCCUGGAAUAUCCUUGGAGACCUCCCUGUGUUCCCUGGAGGAAUGUGCUGCUUUCUGGCCAUCCAGCCCAUCUCCUCUUCAGCCCCAGGGUCCAGUGAAGUCUAACAACAUCGUGACAGUCACUGGGAUAUCCCUGUGCUUGUUCAUCAUCAUUGCCACCGUGCUUAUCACACUGUGGAGGAGGUUCGGCCGCCCCCCUAAGUGCAGCACCCCUGCUCGACACAAUUCCAUCCACUCCCCUGCCUUCCGGAAAAACUCAGAUGAGGAGAACAUCUGUGAGCUGAGUGAGCAGCGUGGGAGCUUUUCAGAUGGGGGUGAUGGCCCCAUGGGAAGCCCGGGGGAUGUGGGCAUUCCUCUGACCUUCAGGCGAAGUGUGCCGGUGACUCCUGAGGAUGACGCUUCUGGCAGUGAGAGCUUCCAGUCCAACGCCCAGAAGAUAAUUCCCCCUCUCUUUAGCUACCGCCUUGCCCAGCAGCAGUUGAAGGAGAUGAAGAAGAAAGGCCUGACAGAAACUACCAAAGUGUACCAUGUGUCACAGAGUCCCCUGACAGACACAGCCAUGGAUGCUGCCACUGGUCCCCCCUUAGACUUGGAAAGUGCAGAAGAAGCUGCAGCAAAUAAGUUCCGGAUCAAAUCCCCAUUCCCAGACCAGCCUGUGGUUAGUGCCGGAGAAAGGCCUCCCUCCAGGCUGGAUUUCAGUUCAUCUCAGCCUAGUUGUGCUAUAAGCCCUAGCCAAACCCUGAUUCGCAAGUCACAGAUGAGGCAUGCGAGCAACAGAGGGGGCCCAUCAGAGAGGAGCCACCCCAGGAAUUCCCAUUUCAGGAGGACAGCUAGUUUUCAUGAAACCAAACAGGCCCGGCCAUUCAGGGAGAGGAGCAUGUCCACGCUGACUCCUCGGCAGGCUCCCACCUACAGUUCUAGGGUGAGGACCUGGGACCAAGCAGAGGACAGAAUUAGGCCUCAGAGUCGAGGGGCUCACCUAUUUCCUGAGCAUUUCCAAGGGACAGGUGGAACCAAUGGCCCAUUAAAUCCUCUUCCUAAAUCCUACUCCUUGGGGCAACCCUCGAGGAAGCCAGAGCUGGGGGAUCGCCAGGUAGGGUCAGUGGCAGGAGUGGAGAGAACAGAGCUUCCUAGAGCUCGGAGGGGACCAUCCCCUAGUCACAGGAGUGUCUCAAGGAAGCAGUCAUCCCCUUCCUCCCCCAAAGAUACCUACCAGAGGGUCAGUCCUCUGAGCCCUUCUCAAUGUAGAAAAGACAAGUGUCAGAGCUUCCCAGCCCACCCUGAGUUUGCCUUCUAUGACAACACAUCAUUUGGCCUCACUGAGGCUGAGCAGAGGAUGCUGGACCUACCAGGAUACUUUGGGUCAAAUGAAGAGGAUGAAACCACAAGUACACUUAGCGUGGAGAAGCUGGUGAUCUAGACUGGCAAUCAGCCUGAGACAUUGCACAACUGGGGCCCUUUGUUCAAACUGUGGUAUCAGCCACUCACAUUGUUCUAUGGAUUGUUUUGUUCGUACAGAAGGACAGAAAGUGGGGAGGAUGUGUGGCUAUGCAUGUAUUUUAACUCAUAAGAAGUUCUUUAUCAUGAAUUUUUCUGUUACCCUCUUUCUAUUGAUUUGCUACUACUACUAUUAAUAAAAUUUAAAC